ACCAGGCAAACAGACCCCCACAGGACUCGGCCUGUACCCGAAGGCCACCUGAGCUUCCACCACGUCCUCCUGGCCCGUCCCGCCCGAGCCCCCCACCCCAUGCAGCACCCCAAACCCUUCUACACACCCUCAGCUACCCAGGAAGGCUUCAGCCCCCGGGGCCCGGAGGGUGCUGAGGGGCCGGGCAGCCAGUCCACGCCCUCUGUGGAGCCUCUGCCUGCUGUGGGCGCCUCCAACGUAUACCCGCCCCCAAGCCCGGAGAAGGAGGUGUUUGCAGCCCCCCCAGCAGGUACCAGCCCACCCUACAGGGCCUUCGUGGACAAGAGCCCGUGCCCAGCCCGGAGACGGCCCCCAGAUGUGGCCUGUGCCCACCCCUGCCCUUCCCAGGUGGGCUGCCAGGCUGGCCGGGAGACGCGGGCGGCGGGCAGGGUGGGGCCGGGGGGUGGCCCGGCUGGGGGCCCCACCUCUCCCGGCAGCUACCUCCUGGAGCCCCAGCCCUACCUCAAGGCCUCGGGGCUGCCCCCGCCUCCACUGUAUCCUCACUUACAGCCAGCGCCUGGGGGACCCCAGUACCUCAUGCCCUACUUCCUACCAGAGGGACCCAGGCCCGACGCCCUGGGCUUUGUGGGGGACGGGGGGACCCCCACCUUUGUGGAGCUGCCCCCGGCCCUGGUCAAGGAAGGCCCAGCCUUGCAGCCUCCCAAGGAGGGCAAGAUGCCGCAGCUGCUGAUCACGCUACCCAGCGAGCCCCCGGGCCCCGCCGCCGCCUACGGGCACGUCCAGGGCCGCCUCAGCCAGUUCCCCGGGCCCGAGGCGGCCCCACGCCCCAUAGAGGCUCAGGCCUUCCACGCCAAGGAGCUGCAGGGCGGUGGGGCCAACCCAGACCUGGGGUUCCCUCCGGGCUGCAGCCAGCUCAAGGCGGCUGAGGCUGAGGACGCGGCCCCCCUGGGCGCGGGGGAGGCCAGAGCCCCAGAGGCGGCCCGGGCCUUGGCGCUGCCCGACAAGGUGCUCCUGGAAGACGCCAUGAAGCUCUUCGACUGCCUGCCGGGUGCCGUGGAGCCCGAGGGUGCCCUGAGCAAGCCCCCCAGGUGA